AUUUUCUCACCACACACACAAACCACAGUGAUGGUCAUAAAAAUUUAGAUACCCUGCUAAAUUCGUUUCGGGUCAACUGUAGUUAAAAAGAGCUACGAGCAAAGACCUAAGUCGGGGUGCCCUAAGUCUCGAAGACUUGAGGAUGAUUCACGCUUCACCGUGCGCCGACCGGGCCAGUCAUUCAUGUAACACCAGAUUGUUUGGGUGUAUGUAUCAUGAAAAUUAUAUACUGAAAAUGAUUUUAUUAUAGUUCUCAGAACUCGAUCACGUUGCGUUGCAAAUAAAAUAGAAUAGAAGCCUCGACUAAAAAUUGAGAGGACUUUCGAUAAACAGUAGAUAUCUACAAUUAAAACUGAGGGGUUGGCUACGUUUGGCAUAUAAUCAUCCACCGCGCCUUGCCCGGCCGAGUCCCGCCGGCGCAAGCGUUCACGCAUGAAUUACUUCACAGAAAAAGUAUACAAUAAAGUUUUUUCAUCGUGUCCGGGACCCUGUCGCGGCCCUUUGUAGCGUGAAUCAUGCUUUAGCCUUAAGCUCCAGAAUUAGGGCUUACAACUUGGUUAGUUGGUGAUAAUUUACUUUUUUGGUGUGCGAAUGCAAUGCGAAGUUCAAUUGUAAGUAAAAAAACUGCUAUUGGCUAUUGUAAUUAUUUUUGGUUACAGACAACGUAUCAAAAAAAAUUAUCAUGGUGGUCAAUUAUACUAAAUCCUAAUAACAAUUUGAAACCAGCCAUGUAAUUAUUUAAGUGGCACGUUCGCGUCGGGUACAGGCGCAGCGAAAAUUUGCGCAGGGGGCUUAUAUGCCACCUGCUGCGGUCGCCGUUGUCACAACCGACACUCGGCAAAAUACAGUCCAGGAUCCCAACGUGACCAUAAAUCACGUAUCCGCGACAAGCUUGCUAGACACCGUAGCUAUGGAAGGUCUCCACACACAUUUACAACCUGUAGUGCUGCUGGAGAGGCUUCGUGGUAGGAAACCGAGCAGCGACGCGCCGCCGAGUCCCGCGCCCCCUAGCCCCGCGCCCCCUAUUUGUGCACCGCCCCCUCCUGCUUCUCCUGUUCUCCCAGCGCUACCGCGCUCCAAAUUAAAUAUAAUGGCCAGAAUAAAACACACGAUGUCACUGCGCACUCGACGUAAACCGACGAACAAGUAUAGAGACUCCGAAAAGUUUGUCGUAGCUCACAACUCUGGGAAAAGACGUACAACGAAACGGAGAUUGACGAAUCCAACCAGUAAGAGUUCGCAUUCAAAAAAAAGUCGUGUGGAGCCUUCAGAAUUUUCCUUGGAAGACAAUCAGCCGUUGACAAUAUAUUUUGGCAAGUGCAAUAGCAAGCCAAAGGCAGAGGCGCCGGUGCAGGAAUCGGCGCAGCAGCCGGCUCAGGAGCAGAUGCUGCAGCCUGCUCAGGAGCCGAUGCAGGCGCCAAUGCUGGAGGCUGCUCAGGAGCCGGCACCGAACCCGAUGGAGGAGUCGAUGCAGCAGCCGGUGCAGGAUCCGGAGCAGGAUCUGAUGCAGGAGGCGCUGCAGCAGCCGGUUCAUGAGCUGGUGCAGCAGCCGGUUGAGGAGCCGGUGCAGCAACUGGCUCUGGAACCGGUGCAGCAACUGGCUCCAGAACCGGUGCAGCAGCCGGCUCAGGAACUGGUGCAGCAGCCGGCUCAGGAACUGGUGCAGCAGCCGGCACAGGCUCCGGUGUGGGCACUCGAUGAUAUCAAUCGCCAGAACAGAAGUGAUAACGUCCUGGAAGGAGCUGUCCCGGAGGGAGGAGUUCAGUCGGAGGGAGGAGUGCCGGUGCCGUGUAUUGCGCAGAAGUGGAGAUCUGUGCAGGACGUCAUCAAUGCAACUAAGGAAGAGCUGGACUCUCGCUGCCAACAAUGCGCACCCUGUGUACGCAUUGACAAAUUGAUGAAAUUGUCGGAACUGCUCAAUACUCAGCUUGACUUGCCGAACGGCAGUCAUACUAAUGCUGACGACGACAAAAAUGACGAGGCCAUGGUAUCACCGGACGCAGACCAAGGCCAUCUCUAUCUGGACCUGCUCCCGAAACACCCCAAUGUCGUGAUGAAGAUCAACACUCACAUUGUACAUGGGAAAGAACUAAUGUCUGCAUGUUUGAUACCCAGAAAUGAAUCUAAGACGAACAAGCAAGAGUUUGUGCUGCAAGAACAAGAACAUCUCCUUGAUCAAUUAAUCGAGACUCUAAGUCUCAACAACAAAACCGAUAACCGAGUAACCCGCAGAGCGAGCGUUUCUUCCAUUGUUAGCAUAACCGACGACAGUGAUGAUGCCGAAUCUCUAAGCAGAGAGACCGAAGACCAACUGACAGUGCAGAGGAAGAAGAAGCGUCAACAGAGGCCGGCUAAGAAACGCAAUAACAAUUUGCGUGCGCGCGUUCAACAACAGAAACUCAAAGAUUUGUUGCGCAUUGAGGCUAAAGGCACUUCUCUCGCAAGGGGAAAAACCCGCGUGCAGGAACAGGUUGAUGAGUCCGACUCCGACUCCGACGACGACGAAGCUACGUUAGAAGAGCUUACGCCUGAAGUGCCAGAAAGCGUGCCGCCUCAAAAGGAGGGUUCGGAGGUGGGAACGAGCUCCGACGCAAACGCCACUGGAACCGGCGCCUCCCCACAGACUCCUGAAGGUGGCGGCAUCGUGGACGCGCCCAUAUUCCGCCCUACCAAAGAGGAAUUUAAUGACCCUAUUGAAUAUUUUGAAAAAAUUUGGCCAGAAGCGGCUAAAUUUGGUAUUUGUAAAGUAGUACCUCCUGAAGGGUGGAACCCUACGUGUCGAAUCACUGAUGAUCUGAGAUUUGAUGUAUCAAAUCAAUAUAUUCCGCGGUUAUUAAAUCGCUGGGGACCGGCUGCGAGGGAACUUAGUGCUAUUAAGCUUUGCCUUUACCAACAGAGAAUCAAAUUGGUGCGUCCGGCUGUGCUGGAUGGUGUGGAAGUGAAUUUGCCCAAGCUGUACCACACUAUCCAAAAACAUGGUGGCCUUGAGAACGUUAUGAAUAAGAAGCGAUGGACUAAAGUCUCAGAUGAAAUGAGAUUACCCAAGCAUCCAAUCCUUGACAAGAAACUAGACAAUAUGUAUGUGAAGUAUCUCCUGCCUUACGACACUCUAACAAGUCAGGAACGACAAGAAAUAUUAGGCAAGGUUGAAAAGGGGUGGAAUAAAAAGAAUCAAAAGCUUUUGGAGCGCGCUAUGAACCCACUGCAUCGCCAGAAGCGUAUGCUCGGCUUGUCUGACAGUUCCGACGAUGAUUCUGAGGACGAGGAAACAGCCCUGGCUAUCAGCGAAGCUGAAGACUGCAUCAUGAAAGGAGCUGUCAUGAACCCUCCCAGAUUUAAAAGGGUCGCUAGACACAUGUAUGAAAAUAUUUUGGGUCCGGGCGCGGAAGCAAAUGGGCCGCCGUCUUUAGAAGAAAUAGAGGAAAAAUACUGGCGUUACGUGACGCAGGGCACUGAGCACCUUUGUGUUUAUACCGCGGCUAUAGACACGGGUGAACAGGGACACGGCUUCACCAAGAACAAGAACGAGCCUUUUGGCAAACAUCCCUGGAAUUUAAAGAUGAUAAGCCAAAACCCCAAGAACAUUCUUCGCUAUCUGGGCCCUGUACUGGGUGUCACUGUACCCACCUUGCACUUGAGUAUGCUCUUUUCAACCAGCUGCUGGCACAAGGACCCUCACACUCUACCUUGGCAGGAGUACCAACACAGUGGACCCACUAGAAUCUGGUAUGGAAUUGCAAACGAGCAGACAGAUCGGUUCAGGAUGGCAGUAGAGACUGUGUGCCCAACCUAUGCCCAGAACAAGGGUCUUUGGCUAUCUACAGACAUCACAAUGAUCCCUCCCAAUGUGCUGCGCGAACAAAACGUAUGUUUGUCGCGAGUCACUCAGGCAGCUGGAGAGUUUAUACUUGCCUUCCCGAGGGCGUACACUUGUUGCAUCAGUACGGGGUAUACUGAGUCUGAGAGCGUGUACUUCGCUCCUGUUAGCUGGCUGGCUAAUAUUCACGAGGCUUUCCAGGAAGCGCGCGAGAGUUGUGAACCAACGAUGUUCUCUAUGGAGCAGCUACUGUACCAGAUCGGCAAGGACCCGCGCACCGAAAGGGAUGUAUUGGCCAUACUACAACCCAUUUAUGACAAGAUGCUCCGCGAUGAAGUCACCAACAGGCAGAUGCUGCAGGAACGAGGAAUUGCAUUCGUCAACCAGAACUCGACGAGUAGCAAGCGCAAGCGAUCCGGCCUCGCCUUCAACUCACGCGAGCACGACGAGUGCGAUUACUGCCGCGCCACACUCUUCCUCUCCAAGGUGAAGGGGCUGACAGGUAGGAAUGAGUCGCUGUGCCUUGAGCACGCCUUAAAGCUGAUGGACGUCGGCCGCUACAGCCUCAGAGACAUCAGUCAGUCCGAAGUCCACGUGCUCGUCACUGUAAAGGAACUCAACACGGUCGGCGAUGACAUCAAACGCCGCCUCCAGAACACCAAAAGGCCGUAAGCUAGUACUACAAAUUUAGCAUUAUAUUCCUUGUUUAGUCGUAUCGCAAAAAGCCCAAUUCGCGAAUAGACUAAUUCUCAAAAGGAAGAAUGUUUCCUUCUGAGAAUUAGUUUAUCAUGCAUAUUCAAGCUACAAUUAACAAGUUAGAAGAAUAACCGUCAGUUGCACAAAGCUCCAUUUAAGUUAAACCUUCAUUAAAUAUCUUGUUGACUCUUUUUAUCUUGUUGACAACGAAAGAGUCAGCAAUAGAUUUAAAGAAGCUUUAACUUUAAUGGGGCUUUGUGCAAAUGACGGUUAGUGAUUUUUCGAUUGAUAAAAGUAAGUUAGGAGUAAUAAUUUAUUUUUCUCCAUACCUGUAAGCUGUGCGUAGUUCUUUCUCACAGACAAUCUGAUAACGUGCAUUUGUGCUCAACUUCAUAUUUCUGAUUAGAUAAGUCUACUGAGUACAUUGUAGUAAUAACAGUUUUAUCAUGCUUUCUAUAGAGAUUUAGUAGUAGGUUAUUCGACGACGUUAGUGCCCAGGCCAUUAGGUGUAGGUGAGAAAACCCUUAAAAGUGCGUGUUAAGGGAUUAAGCAGCAUCUAUAAGAAUAAGGUAGGUAAGGCUAUAUUUGGAAAUAUUUGAACUAAUGACUAGAAAUUUUAAACUGAGCUUAUGGCUAACCUUAUUCUAUUAUGUCUAAUAAUAUCGAUUAGGUAUUAAGGUAAUUGUGUAAUUUGUAGUAUAUUAAGAACCAUGCUUAAAGUCUAAAGUAUGGACUAAUGGCAGGGUACACGGAUAAAGGCAACAAAAUGCCGCUUACACGGUUCUUGCUAUCUCACAUUUGGGUGCAAGAACAACUUAU